CCAAAGCCGAUAAACUCGUGAAUGUACGGCUCGCAGUCACAAGAAGGGCAUGAUUUACAGGUCCCAAAGCAAGCUCAAGAAGAUUUGACUAAUUGUAGAAUUGAUUCACAUGUCGAGCAAAAGAGACCACACCAUUUCUCUUUCAGAGUCCGAGCACAUGCUUUGACGGACACAAAACAUCAAACACUUCACGAUCACAAAACCCGCCUUCUAUCAUUUCCUGCGCCACCUCAACUUGACACCAUUCAUUGCUCUCCAAUCUCUAUCCCGGCUUCUGGGUUCUCUUAGAAACCCAAUAGUUUAGGAGGAUUUCGAAAAACCCAGUUCGGUCGAAGCUUCGAAGGAUUGUUGUUGGUGUAGCACAGCCAUGUUGCAUAGUGCACCGUCUUUUUCCGUAUUCAAUACGGUUGAUGGGUCAGACGAUGAAGGAGAGAAUCGACAAGAAGAUCAGGGAUUGAAUAGAACUGCUACAAUCGGAGAUAACAUUGAAGCAAUGAAUGGUGGGGAGUUCAGUUUUGGGAAGAGGGGUAUGGAAUUGAUUGAGGAGGAGCAGAAGGAGGAUGAAGAAGCUUUGAAUGGGAUUCAAAGUUUGGCCUUUGGAGAAGAAGUGGAACGCCCAGCUAGUCCUCCUCUAUAUCUCGCUACAGGGCUUGGGAUCCAAAGUAAUAGUCCUGGCGGUGUUGAUAUGAAUCCAUCAAACUUCGAUGACAGUGGUGAUGCUGAAGAAUAUUAUAGGAGGAUGGUUGAUGAAUAUCCGUCCCAUCCUCUGAUUCUCAUAAACUAUGCUCAGCUAUUACAGUCCAAGGGAGACUUUCAUGGAGCAGAGGAAUAUUAUCUUCGUGCUACCCUGGCAGACCCUGAAGACAGUGAUGUACUACUGCAGUAUGCUAAAUUGGUGUGGGAACAACAUCGAGAUCAAGAAAGAGCCUUGAGUUACUUUGAGCGUGCUGCAAAAGCUUCUCCUCAAGAUAGCAAUGUUCUUGCAGCAUAUGCUGGGUUCCUCUGGGAAAUAGAAGACGAUGCAGAAACUGAUGUUACUGCAUCUGAUGCUGAUGAGGGCCAGAGUGUUGAGGACUAUUAUAGAAGGAUGGUAAAAGAAAAUCCUCACAACCCUUCGGUCCUCAAAACUUUCGCUGUUUUUCUGUCUCAGUCUAAAGGAGAUCUUCUGGGAGCUGAAGAAUAUUACUUGCGUGCGGUAGAGGCUGCUCCUGAGGAUGGUGAGACUAUGUCACAUUAUGCUAGGUUGCAGUGGGAACUUCAUCGUGACCAUGACAAAGCCUUACAUUAUUUUGAAAGAGCUGUUAAAGCUACCCCUGAUGAUAGCGAUGUUCUUGCUGCAUAUGCUAGGUUUCUCUGGGAAACAGAUGGUGAUGAGGAAGAUAGCGGAAGCCAUGAUCAACUUCAGUAGACCAUUUCCAAGAAGGUGCCAUGACCAACAGAGAAUACAACUGUGAAGACAGAUUACUAGAUAUUAGUGAGCAUCAAAAUGCAACUAGUAUAACCACCUUCCGUAUCAUGUAAUCUUGAGGAAAUCCACUGCUUCGUUUGCUGCCCUAUUCAUUUUUCUUUUUUGAAAUAGAACUGUUUGAACGAGUCGCUUUGUUCAAUGUGUUUACCAGUGCAAAU